AGUGGCUCAGUUUGCUUUCGUUCGUCCUUGCGGAAGGUACGUACCGGUACGCUUUGUCCCGUGAAUCGUGUAGUUUUAACGCACGUUGCGUUUCCUUCCUUCCGAUAUAUCCAAGUCUAUAUCGCGGCCAGUAUCCCAUUUCCGGCGGUAAGAGAAUCGUGAACGCGAGUUGCCGUGUGCCGACAACAAGGUGUGUGAAUGUGGUCGUGAUACGAACGGAGAUCAGUUAGUGACGAAGAGGUGUAUCCUGCCGCGAGUAAAGUGUCAAGUGCCAGCGGACCAUGAAUACAAUGAUACGAAUCUGGAUCCUCUGCAGCCUCUUUCUGCUGGGAUACGUUCAAGAAUGCUGGCAACUCGUGAUAAAAAGCGUGAACGUACCGGCGACGGUGAAGGCCGACGACACCGAUUACGUGAUCCUAGACUGUGACUACGAUCUCGAGAACACGCCGAGCAAGGGAUUAGUCGUGAAAUGGUUCUUCAACACCAACGAAGUGGCUUACCAAUGGAUAUACGGCAGGGAACCUUUGGCUGGAGAUACCGCGCGGAAGUACAUCGACCUGCAGUACAAAGCCAGCGACGAUCCGUACACCAAGUACCGAGCCAUGAAAUUGAAUAAGCCCGGUAUCGAUCUUACCGGCGAGUACACGUGCGUCAUAUUCACUUACGCGGACGAGCAGUCUGCAAGCGGCUCCAUGGUUGUGUAUUCAACGGAGGACAAAUUCGAUCUUACGUAUAGAAAGAAGACUAUAGAUAAUAAGGAUGGGGUGGAGAUAACGUGUAUGGCAGAAGGAUUAUAUCCACACCCCACCCUGGAUAUAUCCAUCGAGGGUGUCCCGGAAAAGCAAACAGCAAAGCCCACUGUUACGCUGCGUCACGAUGGACUGUACGAUAUCUUAUCACGAACGACCUUACUGGACGAAGAUUUACCGGAAGCAGCGAUUGUCAAAUGCUUGCUCGGUAUACCAAAGGCGAACUACAACGUUUCCCACAAAACCGUCUACUAUCCCGGAACGCCUACUACUACUUCAACCGCUACAACGAAGCUGCAGCACAAAAUGGAGAUGAACGCGCUAAACGACUCAGAGGCUGGCAAUGGUGGUGGAAAUUUCGCCUGUGGAUUGUCAAUUAACGUCCUACUAGUCAUAGCGCAUCAAGCACUGGUCAACAUGUUCAACAUGUUCGACUAAUAGGUGGUCGCUUAAAACGCAGUGCAAAGCGACUGACGGACUGACGUGUGGAAGCUGCGUCGUUACGCCCUAUCGUCUUGUACCAUGAUUCAUUGCCUAAGAUACUUAUCGACAAACACGGUGUGCCCACGUUAAAUGUUGUUUGACAAAAUGCGACAGAAUCGAUCGUCGGACGUCGAACGCCGGUCAACGUACGCGUUCGUCGUCAGCACGAGAAAGUCCUGUUUCUAACUCCGUACACAUACAUACAUACAUACGUAUACAUGUAAACACACACGUUUAACAGACAAAUACGGUUAACACACAUGAUAACACACAAAGAUACAUUAUACGCGCUGUUUAGAGUGUUAUUUGUACUCGUAAUGAAAUUCUAGUUUAUCGUGGCUAGCGUGCACACGAUUUAAAACCAAAGACAUAGGUAAAAACCUGUUGAUAGAAAGGAAAGAGGGAGAAAAGGAGAAGGAGAACGUUCUUCGUAGUAUGGCGUUGUAAAUAAUGUUCAAGAUUUGAUGAUCGUAUUACAGUUCGAGUCAUAUUGUAGACUGUGUUUGUUACUCUUCGUGUUACGUCAGAUUCAUAAUAUAUUGUUUAAACGACUAAGAUGUAUGGAACUUUGCAUACGAUAUACAGCAGAUAAGAUAUUAUAUAUAUACAUAUAUAAAUACGAAUACGAAGAUACGAUUAAACAGAAGAAAAGAAAGCCGAGUGGAUAUAUAUAUAUUGAUUAUACGUAACUUGAAUGUGUAAUUAUUUUAAUAUGUGUAAAUAGCUGCGACAAUAUGCGGUAUCAAAAUGCAAGCGAAGAGGCGAUUACGACGAGUAUUUAGAGCCGAAGGAUAACGACGAUGUUGCACGGAAAAAGAAAAAUGAAUUGUACAGUUUCCACGACGAUAUUGCGACUAACUUUAUCACGUGUGUUAUUCCUGAUCGCGAAAUGAAAACGUGACAAUUAUAUUGUAACAAUGUGAGAAAUAAAAAUAUAUGCUAACGAGAGAAAAACAAAAUUAGGAGAAUUUCGAUGUACAUGAGUCGAUAACGCUGGUAAAGUCGAUGACUAAUUUAUCGAUUUACCGAAGUAGUUGGCAAGCUCGCGCAGGUAUUUUUAUCGUUGUAUUAUUUUUAUUUUAGUUGAACGAGGGAAAAAAGAAUUAGCGCAUAAUUUUCUUUAGUUUAGUUUCUAUCUUCGCUGUUCUGUGAACUAUCAUACCAAAGAUAAACGUGAAAAUACCCGAUCGAACAGUGUCCAAACUGUACGCACCAAAGUUUCUCGUUGAUUAAAUUAGGCCUAAUAUAUUGAGUUGGCAAGUAAGUGAUUGCGGGUUUUGUCAUUAGGUAGUAUUGACAAAGCCCGCAAUCACUUAGUUGCCAAGCCAAUAUAACGUAUCUUUCGCUACGUCAUGUAACAGACGCCAGCUAAAACUUUCCAGGAAGAUUAUACAUUAACCUACAAAAUGCCCAAGUUUUCCUUUUCCGAUAAAAACAUAUAUUCUUUCGUACGUUCAACGACCGAACACGAACGUAGUAUAAAAGAGAGAUUUUGUUAUCGUUGUGAUCGUUAAUUAAAUUCGACUGUUCGAAUUAUCGGUAAUGGAGGCUGGAUGCGCACGUAGCGAAUGUAACGUUCAACGGAGAGCAAAGAAAGAAUGAAAGAACGGAUUAUAGUAGACGUUAUAGUUGUAAAUAAAUUGCCCUCUGUAGCACUUCUAGUCCUUUAGAACACGGAAAGCCUAUCGGACGAAAGGGAGGAAGAAAAGAGGAAAUUCUGUAUUAUAAUUUCGUGUACGAACAUCCGACAAUUCUAAUUAUGCAGAUGCUUGGAGAAAAAAAAAAAAAAAAGAAAAAUUUUCAUUGUUUGUAAAGCGAAAUACGUUUCUGUACCAAAGAAAUCGCUGGACGGUGUAUCUUGUGUCGUUGAAUAUUUCACAAAAUGUCCGUAUCUUCCAAAGAGAUGGCGGAUAUGACGAAGAAAAUUAACGUUCGUCUUUUCCUCUACGUCGAGAAACGAAGGAAAAACGAACGAACGAUACACUUGCCGCAAGGAAUAUAAAGGCAAACCGAAUUUAUUUUCCGGGGGACGGUAUCGGAAAUAUAUGUAUGUGUAACGCGUGCCUCAAAUUAAGAAUAGGGUAGCUGAUAACUUCUCUGAUGAGUUUCAAAUUUUUAGCAGUCUUUGAGAAAAACAAUAUUUUCAUAAAUGUUCCAAUUUAUAUAUACACAUAUAUAUAUAUAUAUUAUUAAGUAAUUGUAGCCUCGUUUGAAAAGUUUGCUAUUCUAAUUAAAUAUCGUAAAUAUUUAAUACCAAUAAUAAUAAUAAUAACAACAACAACAACAACAACAACAACAACAAUACGUUAUCAUUUUCUUUGUUAACAUCGAUACUCCUCGAUAAUUGAAAUUAUUAAGCGACUAAUUUGCCCUCGAGAAUCGAGCAAUGAAUGGUUUUUAUUUUUACUAACUUUUAAUUUUUCAACCUUACCUAACGCGGUAAUUAUAUUGUAAAAGAAUUCACGCAAUUCUUCGAGCUCGUCGCUUUUUCCGAAUAUUUUCAGUAACGUUUGUAGCGUUUGAAACAUUGGAUAAACUGUAACGAUUUUAAUAAAUGAGUUCUGUUUCAUUUUAACGAUA